AUGAAGCAAGUGGAUGAAUGCGGUGUCUGUGGAGGAGAUGGAUCUUCAUGUUCGAGACCUUUGUACCAUUGGACCCUGAUAUCGUCUUCACUCUGUUCUUCCUCUUGUGGAGGAGGAUACAAGAUGUCACGUCCCUUGUGCCAGAACCGAGUGACGGGCGAGGAAGUAGAAGAGGAGCUUUGCAACGAUUCACAAAAGCCCGAUUCCACCGUCGUAGAAUGCAACACACACAACUGCCCUCCGAAGUGA